GCUUAGCCCAUUAUUCACUCGAUAGGUGGCAACACUGGUCGGCACAUCCCACUCACUCAACAAAUUGUUUACCACAAAAAACCGUGCUGAAAGUGAACGAAAAUAAAGUGCAGCACGGCGUCGAGCAUUUGCAGUGAUCCCAAGACGCCCAGCCAUUGAUUCCCGUAGCGGUGUCCACCUGGAUUCCAGCCCACCGCCACCAGCACGCCAUUCCAUUUGUGGAGCCUCUCGGUCGGAUCGGUCGAACAGUCGCGAUUGCCCGGUCGUCCACGAACGCUUAUAAAAUUGGCAAGAUAACUAAGCAGAGCACAAAGAUGCCGCCAGCAUCAGCGGUAAACAACAGCAACGCGGCCGCCCAGGCGGCGAAGGCCGAGCGGGCGGAGAAGCUGCGCGGGGCACUGAAGGGCUUCAUCGUGGCGGACCGCCAGCGGCGUCAGGAGGAGUUCGAGGCGCAGUGCGAGGAGCAGCGGCUGCGCCGGGAGCGCGAGGAGGUGGAGCGCCAGAACCAGGUGGCCCUGGACGACACACGCGGCCAGAUCACCCGACUGGACGAGCAGCUGGCCGACCUGCACAGCCAGAAGCAUCAGCUGACCGUCCAACUCAAGAAGGUGCUCAACGAGGACGAAACGCGCAAGAAGCUGGCCAAGGAGAACGAACUGUUCGCCAUCCAGCAGGCGGCGGCCAAUAGCCCGGUCUUCCUGCCGCCCCUGCGUCUCCAACACCAGCACCAUACGCUGAUGCAGAAGCCCCCGUCCGGCGGACAGCCAGGAAAACGUGGGAGGAGUCCAUCGCCGCCGAGUCAGCAGCAGGCUUACUACAAGAGCGCCGCCAGCUACGCCCAGCAGAGUAAGCCAGGAAGAGAACACGAUGACUACCGUCGUGCCGCGGACUAUGCUAGAUUAUCAUGGAACAAAACAUCGGCGCAGUAUCCGGGCACGGGCACGGUCUUCUACCAGACGGUCGCUCCUCCGCCGACGACACAGCACCAGGCGGACGCCCGCUUGCAGUCCAUCUACAACUACAACCUUCCCUUGCGCCAGGCCUACCACGUGGACCUGCCCAGCGCCACGGUCAGCAAGCCGCCCGACUCGCAGUCGCCCAAGGCAUCGUCGCAGUCGCAGCCCAGGCAAGUGCUCCACAUCAACCUCGACCAGCCGACCAUUUCGCAGGCAGACCUGGUGGCUCAAGCCGGCGGCAGCAUCUCGGUGAAGGCCUCCCAGCCGCACGUGACUAUGGAGAAGCUACCGGACCGCUACCACAUCGAGGUGAAGCACGACGGCCAGCCGCCGAGCCACGUCCCGCCUCCGCCACACCUGCUGCCGGAGGGCGUCAUCUUCAAGCCGCUGCUCAACGAACUCUCUUUGCACAGCAACGUGCUGCAAAUAAGCAGCAGCCAGUUUCCUCCACAGAAUCCGAAAACAGCGGGAAGCAUCACACAGGGCUAUGCCCCUGGACGAGGUGGAUCCGCCCACGAGCAGCAGAUGGCUCGGCAACAGCUGGCGAUGCUGCCUGGCCAGCCGGGAGCCCCGUCUGGAUCCGGCUCCGCCCAGCCGCCUCCUGGUCAGCAGAUGCACUACACGCGACGAUUGUACUAGCCUCGGCUGCGGGCGAACCCCUAACCCCUUUUGUCGCUACGGAACUCGCUAACUGAUAUACUUACGAUUUUAAAUGGACAUUACAACACUGACUACGCUUCCCACGUGGAGUCGGAUACACGAAAUAAAGCACACAACUAUGGCGUCCCUAUUUUCCAAUCGAUAAUACCAUA